AUGGCUACUCAACGGAAAAAUACUUCAAGCUCCAUGUUGAAGAUCACCUCAUCACAGGGCAUUCCACCGUUGCCUCCUGUUUCUUCUAGAUCCCAGAAGAAUGCUGAGAAUGCGGCAAAGAAGACAACCCCUGUUUUCACAAAAACAAUUACUGGAACAGGAAUCAACCAGGCCAUGGCUAGGGAGUUGAAAAAACUCAAGGAUACGAUAUCCAGUGUCCCAGGAGUGGUUAAACCCAUUCCUGAGAUUCCGGAUGGGAGUCAAAGUGAACUAAUCCUUGCUAUGCAAAACUUAGGUGAUAAAGCUAGAUGGCCGAGGAAAAGUGACAAGCCAGCUACCACCAAAGACAAAUCAAAGUGGUGUGCUUAUCAUGAAGACUUUGGUCAUCUCACGGAUGAAUGCAUAGCGUUAAGGAAGGGGAUUGGUUACCUCUUGAGCAAAGGAUACUUGAAGGAGUUAUUCGGAAGGAAAAAAUCAAGGAUCCAGGAUUCUGAGAAAGUCCUUGAAAAAGUUCCUCCUCCGCCAGCUGAUGAUCAAAUUAUCUAUUUCAUCUCCGGUGGCUCUGAUAUCUGUGGCACUUCAUUCCCGGCAGCUAAGAGACAUGCAAAGAAGACAAAGAUGGAGAAUGGGGAUAGACAUAUUCGAACUUCUGUCCUUACCCAGGAAAAAGACAUAUCCUUUGAUGAGGAUAACCAGGUGGAUAUACAGGAUCCUCGUCACGACAGUGUAGUUAUUACAUUAUUUAUCUCUAACCAUUUUAUUCAUAGGAUUCUCAUUGAUGGGGGAAGCUCAGUGAACAUCAUCCAGUUGGAUAUCCUUAAAAGAAUGAACAUCCUUGAAUCCGAUAUUGUCCUAAGAUCACCUGUCCUUGUGGGAUUCAGUGGAGAGACAAAGAAUACAUUAGGGGACAUCAAACUUCCUAUUUAUAUAGAGGGAGCCAUGGAUUCACAUAUGAAGGCGGUCCCCUCAACAUAUCAUCAGUGUGUGAAGCUCCCUACUCCAUGA